AUGUCCCUCCCGGUGUCCCCUCCCCGUGGCCACACGUGUCGUUCCCGUGUCGUCCCCCCCCGUGUCCCCCCCGUGUCCGUGUCCCCCCCCGGCACGGGAAGCGGCUCCGGGCUCGCGGAAACGGCCCCUCCCCGCGCGCCUUCGGCCACGGAGCCGCUGGCGGGACCCGCGGGGAGCCCCGAGAGCCCCCGCCCCCCGGGGGCCGUGGGGACGCUGCUGCGCGCGCUCGGCCGCCGCGACCCCCAGCCGAGGCCGUCCCCAGCCGCCCCCCACGCGUUCCGCGAGCGGAGCCUGCGCCGGGGGGCGCCCUGCGGGGGCUGCGGGACCCCCCUGGGACCCCACGGGCUCGUGUGCAGAGUUUGCAAAAUCGCCGCCCACAAGAGAUGCGAGAGCAAGGUGACGUCACCGUGCCAACCUCUGCCCCCGCCUGAGCUGAGGCGGAACACGGCCCCGGUGCGGCGCAGCGAGCGCGUGGGCUCCUCGCUCGACAGCGCCCCCCAGCGGAGCACCCUGCCCAGGACCCCCCGCGCCCCCAGCCCCGAGGCCGCGCCCCCGCCCCCGCUGGACCUGGCGUUCGUCACCGAGCGGAUCCUGAGCGUGGCGCUGCCGGGGGGCGAGGGGGGGCCCGGGGGGCACCUGCGGCACCUGGCGCGGCUGCUGGGGGCGCGGCACGGCCCCAACUACACCAUCUUCAACCUGGCCGAGAAGCGCCGCGACCUCCCGCGCCUGAACCCCAAGGUUCUGGAUUUCGGGUGGCCGGAGCUGCUCGCCCCCCCCCUGGAGCUGCUCUGCUCCGUCUGCAAAGCGCUCGAGGGGUGUCUGGGGGGGCACCCCCGCAACGUGGCCGUGCUGCUCUGCAAGGUGGGGCCGGGGCGGGGGCUGGGGGGCGGCGAGGGGGCAGCAAGGCCCCCGGUCGGGGUGGUCGUGGGGGCGUUUCUGCACUACAGCGACGUGUGGGGCAGCCCCGAGCAGGCGCUGAACGCGCUGAGCAUGAGGAGAUUCUGCGAGGAGAAACUGGGGGGGGUCCUGCAGCCCUCCCAGCGCAGGAGCGAUUUCCCCUCCUCCCUCCCGUCUGAGGCCGCCAUGGCCCCUGAGGGGAUGGAGCUGGACCAGGGCGCCCCCUGCUGGCCGGGAGUACUCCCUGCAGCGCCCCCUGAUGGCCGCAGUUAG